UCAACGGCGGCCUCAUCUGCGCAUGCGCAGAAGCUGCCACGCCCCGCGGGGCCUCAUGGGAGUUGUAGUCCUGCGCACGGGACCCCUCCCCGCGCCGCCCCGGCGGUGGGGGCCGGGCUGAGCCCCCGGUGCGGGAUUACCGGGGUCCUGGCGUGUGGGCAGCAGCGCAGUGGCCCAGCCCCGGAGGAACCGGCGUCCUGGCCCCUCCCCUCCUGGGAGGUUCCUCCGGGGCUGGGCGUGCAGCGCCGAGCACCGCUACCGCAGCCGGGAGGCCUCAGUGGUGGCCCUCAGCCCACCUCUACUCCCCCCAGCCACCCAGCCCCCACCCAGCCCACCCCAGUGGCCCCACAGGACGAUGAACGUGCUGGCUCCGGUUCGCAGGGACAGGGUCAUCGCCGACCUGCCCCCGUGUUUUCGGAAGGAGGCCGCCCUGCACGCCCGCGUCGCCUUCCACCCCACGGUGGCCAGUGCCUGCCAGGAGCAACGGACUGGCACUGUGGGGUUCAAGAUCUCCAAGAUCAUCGUGGUGGGGGACCUCUCGGUGGGGAAGACCUGCCUGAUCAACCGCUUUUGCAAGGACACCUUCGACAAGAACUACAAGGCGACCAUCGGGGUAGAUUUUGAGAUGGAGCGGUUUGAGGUGCUGGGGGUGCCCUUCAGCCUGCAGCUGUGGGACACAGCUGGCCAGGAGCGCUUCAAGUGCAUCGCCUCCACCUACUACCGAGGAGCACAAGCCAUCGUGAUUGUCUUCGAUGUCAACGAUGUGGCGUCCCUGGAGCACACGCGGCAGUGGCUGGCUGACGCCCUGAAGGAGAACGACCCAUCCAACGUAAUCCUCUUCUUGGUGGGCUCCAAGAAGGACCUGAGCACGCCGGCGCAGUACAGCCUGAUGGAGAAGGAUGCUCUCAAGGUGGCCCAGGAGAUGCGGGCAGAGUACUGGGCUGUCUCCUCGCUCACUGGGGAGAACGUGCGGGAUUUCUUCUUCCGUGUGGCGGCACUGACCUUUGAGAGCAGCGUGCUGGCCGAGCUGGAGCGCAGCAGCGCCCGCAGGAUUGGCGACACCGGAUCAGCGGCAAUGAGAGCGAACUGUACCUGUCAGCGCCCCGCAAGAAACCCAAGUGCUGCCAGUGAGGGGGCAGCCCCUGGCCCCCGCCACACUCACACCCCUGGACCAAAGAGGGGCAGCCCAGGCUGUCCCCGAGGAGCUGUCCCUGCCACCCCCUGGCCCCGCCAGUGCCCCACCUGCCUGGGCACCCAGGGCCGUGGUGGUCAGGAGCACCCAGGCGGCUCCAUAGCUAUGCAAACCCAGGUACCACUCGCAGGGGGAGGUGCCCCCAGGCUCCUGUUUAUCUUAAUAAAACCUUUUUUAUGCUUUUUAAGAAAGGUGUGGGGCUGGGGGCUGGGGCUGGCGGGGGGGUCCCCUGCCCCUGGGUGCAGCCAUGAGGUUCAUGGGCUGGUGGGAGGACAGAGCCAGGGGAUGCCACCCAGGAGGGGCUACUGUCUUGGAUAUGGUGGAAGCCAAACCUGGCGGUGGGUACCCUGGGUGUCUCUGCCCUGAAGAGCCAGCAGCCCUGCGCCCUGAGGGGGGAUGCAGGGGACAUGCAAGGUGCCACCACCCAAUCCCCCCGUCAGUCCCAGCUGAGCUGGUGGCUGUUGAAGCGGG